AAAAAAAAAAAAAGGAACGGUCAAGAUUGAACUGGUCUAUCGUUUUUUAGGGUUCAAUCAUAUUCCCUCCUACAAGUCACAAGUAUCUGACUCCCCAUUUCACUGACUCCACCACAGGAUGUCAUCUGGUUCUGCCAAUUCACCAUCCGGUCAGCCAAUGCCAAUGGUUGCCGGUGUUAAAAGACGAUCAAAUGAUAUUGGUUGGGACUACGGUGUUUGCCCCGACCCAAACAACUGGGGCAAAAUCAAAUGCAACUUGUGUUCAAAAGUGGUCAGUGGGGGGAUUACUAGAUUGAAACAACAUAUCGGAAAUGUUACGGGACAGGUAUCGUCGUGUCCGAACUCUACCAAAGAGGAUCAGGUGAGAUGUCGGGAUGCUAUCCUUAAGAAAAAGGCUAAAAAAGAAGACAAUGAAGUCGUAAGAUCGGAUAGGAGAAAUGAUACUAAUGAAAGUGCUAUUUAUGUGGAGGAACUAAAUGUAAUUGGCCCCAUGGAUAACUUUGUAAAUAAAGUAAACCCUGAGGAAAAGGAGGAGGCUAAAAAGGAGGAGAAGAGUGAAGAUGUAGAACUUAGCGGUGAUAUUCAGAAAGACGGAAUAUCGAUGGUGAAGAAAUACAUUUGUAGGUGGGCAUAUGAGUGCGGGAUUCCGUUUGAUGCCUUUGAAACGGAUAGCUUUAAAAAGUUGUUGGAAGUGGUUGGCGAAUUUGGACCCGGGCUUCCACCUCCUACUCCACAUGAGAUGAGCACCACACUUCUAAUGGAAGAGGUUGAAAGAACAAAAAGUUCGUUGAAAACAAAUGAAGAAGAAUGGAAAGAGGAUGGAUGCUCGAUUAUGAUGGAUGCUUGGUCGCAUAAAGAGAGGAAGAGCAUUAUGAGUUUAUGUGUAAAUUCAAAGAUGGGUACCGUUUUCAUAUCUUCCAAAGAAUGUCGGAGUGAAGCUCAUACAAGCGAGCGGAUAUAUAAGUAUGUCGAAGGUUGCAUUCAAGAAGUUGGUGCUGAACAUGUUGUUCAAAUUGUGACCGAUGAUGCCUCGAAUAACAUGGAAGCGGCAAAGUUGCUUAAAGCGACAAGACCAAAGAUCUUUUGGACAUCAUGUGCGACACAUGCCAUUAACCUUAUGCUUGAAGGUAUUGGUGCACUUCCAAGGUAUAAGAAAAUCCUAGAUCAAGCAAAGGAACUAACCAUCUUCAUUUAUUCUCACAACAAGACGCUGGCUAUGAUGAGAAAGUUCACCAAGAAAAAAAAUAUUGUCCGUCCGGGUGUCACGAGAUUUGCUUCCGCAUAUCUAACUUUACAAAGUUUGUCCCAAAAAAAGGAGCAAUUAAGACAUAUGUUUUCUAGCCCCGAAUGGGAAGAGUGUAAAUUUUUCAAUACUGUCAAAGGGAAAGCCACAUAUGCAAUGGUUCUAGGUUUCUCAUUUUGGGCCGGUGUGUCACUAUGUUUGAAGGUGUUUACCCCUUUGGUCAAAAUCCUUCGAAUGGUUGAUGCGGAUCAGAAACCCUCAAUGGGUUUUGUUUAUGGGGAGUUGAUAAAAGCAAAGGAAGAUAUCAAAGGGGUUUUGGGUGGUAACGAAAAAGCUUAUGAGCCUGUCAUAAAUAUAAUAGAUACCAAGAUGAAAGGUAGACUAGAUUCUGUUAUGCAUUUGACGGCUUAUUUUUUAAAUCCUUAUUAUUUCUACAAGGAUUUGGAAAUCCAAGAUGAUCCCGAUGUAUCUGAUGCGAUUGUUGAAUUUUUUGAAACAAUACUUACCGGAGAUUUAGAGAUGCAAGUGCAAGUGCUAAUGGCUGAGUUGCCAAAGUACAGGAACAAAAUGGAUAGAUUUGGUACUGAGCUUGCAAUUUCGUCAUGUAAAGUGAAUAAUGACGACUAUGAUCCGGUGAAUUGGUGGGGAACUUUUGGUGGUGUUACUCCUAAUUUGAAAAAGAUUGCAAUGAGGAUUCUUUCGUUAACUAGUAGUUCAUGGGGGUGUGAAAGGAAUUGGCGCACGCAUGAAGGGAUAUAUACACAGAAUAUAAAUAGAUUGGAGGCGAGUCAAUUGAAGAAUCUUGCUUAUGUUCAAUUCAACUCUUAUUUGAUGGAAAAAAACAAAAGGAGAAAAGAGAGGAAUAUUGAAGUGCUAUUAUCAAAAGAUAGUGACAUGGCUCAAGAAUGGAUUGCUGAAUCUGAUGGAGAUGGGAAUGAAGUUGAGGUUCAACCCAAUUCAGAAACACAUUGGGAAGCAGUUGGUGAAGCUGUGGAAGCUGAUGAAUAUCUAGAACCCUGACAAAGUUCUUGAACAACUGCAAAAGGAAAUAUUAAAUGUAAUGGUUAUAUGAAUUUUCUUUUGAUAAGACUGAUAUAUUUGUCCAGUGGAGGGCUAAUGAUCUCAAUGAAGGGCUGGUAAUAUGCCUUGCUUGCACUAAAGGUGGGUCGGGUGCCUUUCUUUAGUAACCGAAAACAAGGAAAUAUUAGAGUAGGUUGUAAUUUUAGAAACUUUGGACUUUAGGGAAAUGGCGGCCACCCCUAUGCUGCCACCGAACCUAGGACCUGGGAUUGAUGAAAAUGCUGCUGUAGCUCCACCACUACCAGGAACUGACAUGACUGGAAUAGGCUUCAGAGAUGAGUUGUGGUUGAAUACGUACCUAAUGGACUGUAAUCAUGUAUUUGAUUACUCUGUACUUUUUUCUUUCUAUGAUAAUGCUUGCAACAGUGAAUUACUUGGGAUGUGUUCAAUUCAUCCGGUAGAUAUCUCUCAUAUUUCGUAAGUUUUUCAUUCGAUCCUGCUUCCCCUAAGUCCAUGUGGUACUAUAAUUAUAAAUGCUGUAUAUAUCUUUAAGUUGUAUGAAUUUGAUUUUAUUAUAACUAAACCAAAAGUAUGAUCCUUUAGUAUA